GCUGGGUUGCCCCCAAAUCUGUUUUCAUUUUUUUUUUCUUCCUUAAAUGUGGGCUGAUUUGGGUGGUUUUGUUUUGCUUCUUCUUUUACCAAUGCAGGUGAAGAGGAAUGAAUGGUAGGAAGAUUUAUACCAGGAGACAGUGGGAUAAUUAUUAUAGAGAAUGGAAUGAGGAAAAGAAGAGAAAAUUAAGUCAAAGUUGCGAGUCAUCUGGAUUUAGUGGUAAUGGAAGCAGUGAGCAUGGUUGUUGUGAAAAGGGUGUUGAUGGAAAUGGGAAAAGCUCUGAAUUUGCAGAGGGCAUUGAUGUCCCUGGUGAUGGUUCCACGAGUACAAUGCUGGGGAAAAUUGUUGGGGAAAAAGCUAGGUUGAGUGGCAGUUCUAGUAAUGCUGAUAAUUUCUCAUUCAAGGAGGGAUUAAAGAGGAAUAAGAAAAAGAGGAGGAGUGCUGGCAGUGGAACGAAUGAUCGUGGUGAUUAUACUGAACUCUUGAUUGAUUCUACCGAUCCUCAUUUGGAUAGUGCAGGAAAGGCGGUGGACAAGAACAUGAAGGGUAAGGAGAAAGAACAAAGGGUGAGUGGUAGUCUGUUGGAUGAGAAGAAUGCUUAUUUUGAUAAUGAGUAUACUGAAUUCUUGGAUGAAUUAGAGAAGAAUAAGAAAAGGAGAAGGAAUACGGAUCAUGGUGAUUAUACUGAACUUUUGAUUGAAUCAGAAAAUGUGGUAAAGGAGGUGGAGAAUAACAAGAAGGGUAAGGUGAAAGAAGAAAUUGUGACUGGUGCUAAUAAUGUUAGUUCAGAAGAUGAAGAUGAAGAUGAGGAUGAAACUCUUACUGCCGGGGAAGAAGAAAUUGAAACUGAUGCUGAUAAUGUUAAUUCAGAAGACGAAGAUGAAGAUGGGGAUGAAACUCUUACUGUCGGGGAAGAAGGAAUUGAAACUGAUGAUGAUAAUGUUAGCUCCAAAGGCGAAGAUGAAGAUGAGGAUGAAACAUUUACUAUCGGGGAAGAAGAAAUUGAAACUGAUGAUGAUAAUGUUAGUUCAGAAGGCAAAGAUGAAGAUGAGGAUGAAACUCUUACUGCUGGGGAAGAAGAAUUUACCCUUCAAUCAAUACUUUCAGAGAAAACUGACAACCGGGUGGAGGAGAGCAGCAAAAAGGUGGAGGAAAAGGCAGUUUCGGUAGAUAAUUUCAGUACUGAUAGCGGUGAAUCUCGUGGAAGUCCAUUGAGUGAGAAGCAUUCUGACUAUGACGAGGAUUAUUUAGAAUUCUUGGAGGAAUAUUUGGCUGUUCCACCGUCCUGUAAAGAAAAGUCAGAAAAUGGGGUAGAGAGGAACAAUGAGGCGGUGGAUGAUAUAAAAUGUGGGAGUGAUGUUGGUGAUGCAAGUGAGAAGAAGGAUAAUGACAAUUGCAGUGAAUCUUUUGCUCUUUCAUCAGACAGUACCGAUAAAUUGGAAAAAUGGGCAGAGAAGAAGAUGAAGAUGAAUAAGAAGGGAAAGAGAAAGGAGAAAUUGGAGAUCACGGGUGAUAAUGUUAGUCCAAAGGUUGAAGGUUUGGAUAAUGUUAAUAUAAAGGAUGGUCCUGCAUAUCAGCUUAGGUCCCGUUCAGUCUCCAAAUGUGAAAUGAAGGAAAAGGAUCCCGUAAAUGUUAGAAACCCACUCCCUGCUUCUAAGGAGGAUUGGGGAUCUGAGACUUCAUCUGACGAGGACAAAAAAGAUGAUUGUCGCAUGCGAAAUCAUGUUAAUAAAGAAAAGUCUCACGAGGACAAAAAAGAUGAUUGUCGCAUGCGAAAUCAUGUUAAUAAAGACAAAAAGAACGUAGAGCACCCAAGCAAAAGGACGAAGUUAAAACAUGGACUGGGAGAACUUAACUUUAAGAAAAUACUUCUCAACUCUAUAUCAAAGAAUGUGGAUAUCCCCAAGAACAAUCUGCAAUUUUGCAAUGAGAAUAUUCCCGGACAGUUGCCUCUAAAGUUCCGGUUUGAGGAUGAAGAUCCUACUCCACCUGAGAAAAUGGAAUGGGAGAAAGAACUUGACAGCCUCUUUGCGGAUCUUCAAACAGGUCUACAGGAAGUCAAGGAUAGCUUAACAACCACUCAGCCUUCGGUGAAUGAAGACAACGUAUCUGCAGAAAAACAUGAUGAUUCAGAUGUCUGCUGCCAAAAGGGGAACCAUCUUCUUAUUUUAGAUGAACAGAUCGGGCUAAUCUGCAAGUAUUGUUCCUUUGUGCGUCUGGAGAUGAAGUACAUCUUACCCGAAUUUGCUAAUAAAACCGGGAGGAGACAAGGGAUGAGAUUCUAUGACGACUUACAUUGUCCCUUAAAUGGUGAUAACCUCCCAUUGGAUGGCACUGCUGGAAAUCAUUGUACUUCAAUCCAUGGUGGAACAACAGUUUGGGACAUUCUUCCUCGGGAGACUAAAGGAACAAUGUAUCCUCAUCAACGCGAGGGGUUUGAGUUCUUGUGGAGAAACAUUGGCGGGGAUAUUCACAUCGAGAAUCUGAAAAAGCUGCAGUCUGAUUGUGGGAAGGGAUGCAUAAUCUCGCACGCACCUGGUACUGGGAAAACCCGCCUCACGAUAGUGUUUCUCCAGUCGUUCAUGAAACUCUUCCCUGAUAGCCAUCCAGUAAUCAUAGCCCCGCGAAGCAUGCUUCUUACGUGGGAAGAUGAAUUCCGAAAAUGGGAUGUGGAUGUUCCCUUCCACAACGUGAACAAUCCAGUGUUGUCGGGAAGGGAAAACAGUAUCUCGCAUACUUUUCGGAAUGAAUUCAAAAGCACAGAAUCGAAGCGAAUGCUGAAGGUGUAUUCGUGGGCAGAAGGUUCGGGUAUUCUGGGAAUCACCUAUCGCCUGUUUGAGCAGUAUGUCAGAGUGAAAGAAAAUAAAGAAGAUGACAUGUUGAGAAAAAUUCUUCUUCGAGUUCCAGGUCUAGUAGUGCUUGAUGAAGGGCACACUCCAAGAAACGAUGAUAGUCUUAUUUGGAAGGCCUUGUCGAAACUAGAAACGCCACGGAGAAUUAUCCUAUCUGGAACGCCCUUCCAAAACAACUUUGAUGAGCUAUAUAACACCCUCUGCCUUGUUUCUCCAAAACUUUCCAAUUUUUCUUCUGGAAGUCAACUAAAAAAGAUGCGGAGAACGAAGGCAGCAAAGAAGAAAUGGGAUCGUCUUACUAGUUCUAUUGGAAAGAACAAGAACGAUGACAUAAAGGAACUCAAGAGAAUCAUUGCCCCGCUAGUCCAUGUACACAACGGCUCUGUACUGCAAGAGCGCCUUCCUGGCAUAAGGAGCACUUUGGUCUACUUAAAGCCCACGAGUUUGCAAAAGAAGUUGUUCAGUGCAAUGCCACAGAAAAAAUUCUUUGAGGAAGAUCAUUUCAUGACUCAGAUAUCUGUUCACCCCUCACUGGCGAAAGAUAUUCCAGACUUUUCUGAAUACAGUAGGGAGAUGGAAAAACUCGAAUUGAAUCCUGAUGCGGGAGUAAAGACCGAAUUCCUCUUUGCACUGAUACGCUUAAGUGUUUCGCAUGGCGAAAAAGUUAUAGUCUUUAGUCAGUAUAUUGCACCAAUGGAGCUUAUUAAGAAGCAGCUAAAAUCUGUGUUUGAUUGGGUUGAAGGCCGGGAAGUGUUGCAUAUGGAUGGCGAAAUUGAUGUGCAUCAUCGCCAAGCAUCUAUAAAUACGCUUAAUGAUCCCAAGAGUGAAGUGAAGGUGCUUCUCGCAUCAACCAGGGCUUGUUCCGAAGGAAUAAACCUCGUGGGGGCUUCAAGAGUUGUUUUGCUCGACGUUGUUUGGAAUCCCUCAGUUAAGAGGCAAGCGAUUAGUAGGGCAUAUAGGCUCGGUCAAAAGAAGAUUGUGCAUGUGUAUCACUUGAUUUCUUCAACCAUGGAGGCUAGGAAAUAUGCUUGCCAGGUGAAGAAGGACUUCAUAUCUGAGUUGGUCUUUUCUACAUCUGAUGGGCUUCUUUGCAAGAGUGGCCUCCCGGUUUCUGAAGACAAAAUAUUGGAAGCCAUGAUUCUGCAUCCUAAGCACCGCCAUAUAUUUGAUCGCCUAGGUCAUGACCCGAAAGAAUUAGAUUUAAUCGACACAUUUGACUUUGUGGAAUGAUUUGUCUCGAGAAAUCAAGUGAUGGCUCUCUGCAACCCAAACCAAUUGUCUUAAAAGGCAUCAUUUGUAUAUACAUUACGUAGUGUGAUCAGAUCGGUUUUGGAAUAUAAUGAUCUGAUGAACUCAAAGUCUGUUUUGGAUGCCUCGUUAACUAGCAGUUAACAGCGCUGCUCAUUGCAAUCUCUCCUUCAAGAAUUGGGCAUUGGAGUGAUUUUUGUGGUAAUCCAUGAUGUCUGUAUGCCUUUACAAAAUGUUUUGUGUGUGGUUUUUUGGGACAUUUUCCAGGCAUUUAGGAAUCUUUUGCUAACUUGCUGAAUGUUUUUUUGGCUGUAAAUCUGUUUGUAUGCUGUGGCUGCCUUAGCCAAUAGCCACACCAUAAGCUAUUUUGGAAACUUUUAUCUUAAAUCCAUGUUAAUGUUAUCCUCGAUA